AUGGAUGGUGAUGAAAAAAUUGCAUGGUUGACAUUAUUGUGUCAAAGGAUGCUGGCACCAUUACAAAAUGUUUUCGCACUUACGGUUCUUAAAACUCAAGGAUUAACACUACCAAUAGUCUCUAUGCUUAAGCAGGCGUUUUAUGUGAAAAUUAAGAUUGUGUAUUAA